UCGCGAUUGGUUAAGCCGCUCGGAAAAGCCCGCCUGGCUGCUCGACCGGCCGGCACUUCGCUCAGUUCUCCACUGCGCUCCGUGUGAAGCGGAGCUUUCGAGAUCCACGCUCUCUCUCUCUCUCUCUCUUUCUCUCCCUCUCCCUCUCCCUCUUAUCCACCGCGAUCCGCGAUCCCGGUUCAUCCCUUCGAUCCGCGGGAUCCUGUGCGAGUGCCGGUCGAGACGAGGAGGACGUCCGUAUCCGUCGAGAGGUCGCCUGUCAAAACGACCCGGACGCGACUCGACCUUCGCCCGGAAGGAACGCUACGAGAGGAGAGGAGGAGGACUCAGGAACGAGAGAACGCGACGAUGUGCGAGAGGAAACUGCUGCUGAACCGAGUGCUCCAGGACGCGUAGACCUUCGCAGGACUCGAGCGAUAUCCCGGAGAGUGAUACCGGAAGCCGCGAGACCGCCGAGAAGCAGCGAGCAGUCGCGGAGGAUCCAGGAUAAUCGUGACGAUGCCGAAUAGAUCGACCGGGCUGUCCAGGUGGCUGCUGCUGGCGGGACUUUUGUGCUGCUCGUCUUGCCAGAGCGUGCCGUCGUUCUUUGAGAAUAAAACCGGCCAGAACUUCAGCCGGUCGCGGGUGUUCUCGCCCCGGAUAGACUACGACGAGUGGACGCCGCUGGGCCGCGGCGACCCGCUCAAGAACAACCCGACCUUCGACUAUGUGCCGCCCGUUCUCGACAGGGUGCAGUACUGGCUGAACUCGCACACCACCGAACCCUCGUCGAAGCGCGACAUUCUCGUGCUGGGCGUCACCGCGAAGAAGACCAGCCCGAAGAUACCCGAACAGUACUUCCAGUUCAUGGAUAGCCCGAAGUUCACACGAACCAGCCAAGAUGCGCCGUACAGGAACGAGUUCACUGGCAGCAGCGGCGCUGAGCCGCCCAAGGUCGUGCGUAACACCAGCUUCAGGAACGGUUUGAUGGACUACAGGAAUCAGAACCGAUUACCGCCGAGCUACUACCCCAGUUCGUACUACAAUCAGAAGAUGAAGCCGUACACCAUGAUGAUGCCGCCGCCGAUGAUCCAGAAAGCCGAGACGUCCACUAGCUACAACGUCGGCUUGUCCAAGGAUAAGGUAAUCGGUUACGCGGAUACAUCUCAGCCGUUCAGCACGCAAACGGAGGAGGGACCACUCCUGCAGGACGCCGCUCAGUAUCACGGAACGCCCUCCAAGGAUUACGGACACUACUCUUCUGUGCCCUCGUCAAAGCCGUACUCCACUUCGAAGACGUUGCCGAACAAGGCUGUCGCGGUAUCCCAAGCGGAGACCGUCAAGAGCGUCUAUACACCGACCGCGUCGCAAAGCACGAGGUCGAGGUACGAGGCGACCACCGCGCCGUCCGUAUCCUUCGAGAAGUCCAACCUGAUCUAUCAGUCCACGCAAACUCUGACCGGCGGGUGGCUCGGCAAUAACGGACCCACCUCUUCGUCGUCCACCGGCUUCCCGGACGUCAGCCAGGUCACAUGGCAGACCUCGGAUUAUCCCAGAGACCAUUACGAAGCUGAUUACCACGCGGCGGCGGCGGCGUCGAGCAAUCAUGAGGUCAUCAUCGGGCAGAACGCGAACAUCAUCGUGGACGGUAACAACAACGAGAACGAGGAGGUCGUGGUGGGUCAGAAGGAAAUCAACACCGAUGCGACGUCCUCGACGUCGGAGAGCGUCGCGCAGAGCUCCACUGUCUCGUCCACCACUAUUACGGACUCCACCGGCCAAGAAGAGGAGCAAGAGCAGGCGGAGGAAGCCGUGACCGAGACGCAAAAGAUGCACAUCGUCUUGGCCAACUCGCCGUCCACUAUGGCGAACCUGGAAACACACAAGGCGAAGAAAGGUCCCGUCACUGUGGUGAUGCCGACCAACUACGUGGACAAGAACCUCUCCUCGAGUUCGUCCGACCCGCCAACGACGCUCAACAAUGCAUUGGGCAAUCCCAUCACGUCUGAGAUGACGAAGACGACGAAUCAGGCGCCGAAAACGCAAGCACAACUGACGAGGAACGCGGUGACGAGCUCACCGAUCACCGAGACUCGCCCCUCCGCCACCUCAACUAUACUGAACAAAAUGCUACCACCCUCUCAGCUGCCUCAUCAGUCGCUGCAUCCACCUUCCGCCCCGAUUCAGCCCCCCAGGCACGUGAGCAACCCUAUGCACAUGUUCGUACUUCCGCAAGCGAGCUCUCAAUCCAUGAUGCACUCUCAAGCCAGGCCGAAUUACGCCACGAUGCACUUCCUCGGUAGCAUGCAUCCAGGCUCCCAACCGCCUUCAUCGAUGUCCCACAUGUCGCCUCCUAUGGCGCACAUGCACCCGCCACCCAUGAAGACCAUGAUGGGACCUCCGCCGAGCAUGGAAACUCACCAGAGACCUCCACAGCCGUUCCCCGUGACGUUCACCAGCCCGCCGCCGACGUCAACCAUGAGUAUGCAGACUACCGAGUCCGAGUCCGAGUCCGAGCAGUCGGCCGACCAUCGACCCUCCCGAUUGCUCGCGACGAUCAUAAAUUCAAUGACCACCUCGGUACCCUUCACGCCGACCAUGGUUUCGUCGACCGUGGAAUACUACACGUCCACCGUGGAUACCGACCACCAGGAGAGCACGAGACCCCCCAGUCAGACGCCAUUGGUGAAGAUCCUCAGCACUGAGGAGACCUCCAAGAGCAGCCCGACGUUCGCGUCCUCGUCGAUUACCCCUCCGCGAACCACGACCGCCCCCAGCCUGACCACCGACCCGAUCUUCUCGCACUACAAACAGCCGGACAAGCCGAUCAGCGGCCCGAUGUAUCAUAUAAUUCAAGGUCACUCGAAGGUGAAGACUUACCGGCCCACGGUGAAGAAGCAUAUCUUGCCGUUCGAGAACAACGAAGUCGUGGAAAACAUGACGGAGCGACAGCUGUCCAAGUUGGAGCAGCUGAUUUGGCAAAACACGAAAAACGGCGCCGUCGACCCGGCCGCCGAGAAGAGGAAGCUAGAGGAGAAAGCCCGUGCCGAGAAGCGCGCGUUCUCGCCGCAACACGACAGCCUCAUGAGCCUCGUCGAGAGCGGCUUGGAAGGUUUCACCGUGUCGCCCUCGAGCGACACGGUGACGGAGGACGAGCGUCGCGCCAACUCGGUCACGAGCGUUGAGAUCAAUUAAGAAGGAUCCGCCGUUUUGCGACAGCAGUUCUCCUAGAAGGACCAAGCUUCUCUCGGCGGGCGGAUCGUGGUAGGAGGACGACGACGACACCUGCGCGCGCGGGCUCCCCUGCGUCGCGACGGCGCGGCUGAACGCGGCAGCCGACGCCGCGUUCUCCGUCAGUAGGGGUGAAAAAGCUACUUAGGGAUGAAAUCGACUUAUUCGUUGCUACGCGCGGCCCACGCUCUGCGAGUCGUUGGGUGAAAAUCGACAGCCGAAAGUCACACACAGGCCGCCGGUGGUCGGCGCGAGUUGGGCAUGGAAAAAGUCCCCGUGGCCUGAUCUCUCACGCAACUUUUUCCAACGUGAGAGCUACCUGGGAGACGAGAGCGUAAACACGUUUAACACGCGCGAACGGCGAACGAGGCGCGCCGAAUUUUACGCGGUCUCGCUUCAUCGAUUUUUCGUUCCGCCCUCAUCGUUCCGUGAUACUCUGAGUGCCUGCUCUUUAUGUACAUUUCCGUUUUUAUUCCGCUUUUAUUUUUACGCACACACAUCGCGCUCCCAUCCAUCGCGGACAAACCCCCUCCGAGCGAUACGGCGACGUCCGCUGUAGAUCAACCAGCUUAAAAGCGCCGCGAAGUGCGCAUGAAAACCGGGAGACAUGUUUGUCGUGUCAAUAAUUUAUUUGCUACAUCGAGACACACGACCCGAUGUGCUUGGUCACGCUCAUUUACGUACCAUUAUUAUGAUCGUUACAUCGAUGCAUAUUUUAUUAUUAUCAUGAAUAAUUUAAUCCGCAGAUCGUUCAUUAUUUAUUUCGCUUAAUGUAGGUUGUUCUCUCGUUUAAUUUAAUUUAUUACACGUAUCCGUACGUGCCCUGCGUGCCCUGAACGGUCACUCGCGACAGUUCGAUCGGCAACGAGACUAGAAUCGUGCGGCAGAUCGAGGCGAGAGAUCCGAGACAAUUAGCGGCGCAAUGAACGACACUUCUUGGUACUUUUCAGACUCUGCGUCUCGUGACGCAUCGAUGCGGACUGGUCGCGAAUUUGCGCGCACGCAAAUCCACGCGAUGAGAUCGUCCCGGCGAGAUCUGACGUGGACCUUUGUCGCGAGAUGAACAAAUCCCCGCAUCCCCCCCGGAUAAAAUCGCGUCACACGUGUCGCCCACGUGUGCUCGCGUGCACGCGAAUUUGUGGCCAUCUCGUAGUCUCUCGCGGUCGCACGCAUGGAAAGAUCACUUUCGUAGCGGUAAUCUCGGUGUGAUCGUCGCGCCCACAUUUAUUGUUUUCAUUGUGUUCACAUUCGAGAUCAAUGAUUGUCAUUGGCGGUGGUAAAAAAAAAAAAAGAAGAAGAAAAAAAAAGAGAGAAGAGAAAAAUAGGAGGAAAAAUAUUCUGUGAGAGUAUAUCCUAUGAAAAAAAGAUAUCGUGAAGAAAAAAAGAAAAAGAGAAAAAAAAACAGAUACUCUCUCGCUGCCACCAUAAUAGAGGCUCAACCAGGCGGUUCUCCGUGUCCUGCCACGCUUUCAUCCACGAUGAGAAAAGCGCGCCAAUUUCAUAUGUGCCAGUAUACAUAACAUUACGUACGUAUAUACGUGAAUAUGCAAAAGGCGUAAUUAUAUAUACGUGUUACACGCGUGUCUGCGCGGACUAAGCGAUCGCUCGGCGAUUCGGAUCGCGCUGCACGACCCGUUCGUCGCGUCCGCGGCGAUAGUUAUCGCGGGUGAAUCAUCGGUGCAUAUUCGGUGCGUUUCACUCGUGCACUCGUCACGACGUCACUCGAAUCGCCCGUGCGCUUUCCUUCGCGACUCAAGUAUCGAACGAACUCUCGGUCACGGUUGUCGCCGAGCGAUUUUAUUUAUCCCGUCUCGGAUCUGCGCGGCGGACCGGUCCGGACGAUCGUUUGAUCGUGACGCAGACGCGAAGCUUACGUGCUAUACGCAUAAAACAAUAUUAUUUAUUGUACGACAUAGUUGAGUGCGGGAGAAGUACAGGAUGUCUCAGAAGUCGCGAGCUCUCCUCGGCGAAUUUCAGGCUGGCUUGCGCUUCAGCUAAAGCUCGCAAGCUUUCGGCUUGCCGAAAAAGAAUCGGUGCCAUUCGUUGCGAUCUUGCAAAAUCUUCCACCCGGAAACGGUUCCGCAAUUUUGCGUCUUGAUUAACAUCGGUCUUUCGGUGAAAUCAAUUUCUCGUGAUAUUAACAGAACGGGAACGAAUCCGAGUUUGAAAUUUGGGUUCGCUUAUUAACUCUGCAAACUUCGUCAAACUUGAACGACUAGAGAAUCUUGAGGUACGUACGGAGAGUUGUCUGAGUUGUCGCGCAUGUCGUACGCAGGUAGAUUUUAUCAAACUGAGCGGAAAAGCCUGUUUCGUAGAUAAUUAUGUGAAAUUUCACAUUAUUAAUAAAAGAAGAAAUUGGCGAUAGGUUCCUCUAAAAUGGAAUCUCACCGAGAAUGUUUCAAUCAAAUGACAGUUUCUCGGCGAC